GACCCUUUUCUGUUAAAUACCAGGUGAGCCGCCUCCCCUGUGAUCAUUCUCAUUUCACGAUGCCCUCUUCUUACGAUGUACUCAUUGUUGGUGCCGGUGUAGCUGGCCCAGCCCUCGCCUAUGCCCUCGCCAUCAAGACAUGCGACAAGCGUCAUACUCCUCUACGGAUAGCUCUACUCGAGCGAUCCUUGUCAAAGCCAGACCGCAUCGUCGCCGAAUUGCUCCAGCCCGGCGGCGUUACCGCGCUCAAGCAGCUCGGUCUAGAAUCAUGCCUCGAGGAACUCGGCUCCGUUUAUUUGUCAGGUUAUUACGUUCAACGAGGGGAGCAGGGCAUUUGCGCCUCAUUCCCUGAAGGCCAUAACGCACGAGCUUUCGAACAUGGGGCAUUUGUCAUGGCCUUGCGCGAACGCGCACGGCGGGCACCCAAUGUCGACGUGAUCGAGGCCACAGUAACGGCUCUCAUUGAGAGCGAGGAUACACAACGCGUAGUAGGUGUUCGCGCCUCCACAGCGGGUGGUCAGCCAGAGCCAUAUUUCGCUCACCUCGUCAUUGUCGCGGACGGCUCCUCAUCCAAGUUCAGAAAUGCCAUCCUCGGGAACAUGCCGUAUGAGCCUUCCCAAAAGGGUUACUUGGCAGGUCUGAUUUUGAAAGACAUGACGCUGCCGGUGCCCAAUUAUGCCACUAUGAUCGUACUGAAAGACGCUGGACCGGUCGUCCUUUUUGAGCUCCCCAAUAACGAGUAUCGGAUGCUGGUCGAAAUGAAGGAGUCGCCGCCAGACCUCAAGGAGCAUAUACUGCGUGACGUUAUUCCUCAGCUUCCAGUAACGAUACGCGCAUCUGUUCUUAAUGCUGUGGAGACGUCGCGUGUGCGAAGAGCCCCGCAUUUUUAUCUUCCGCCCACAAAGCAGGGUGAACGUAACAAGGCAGGCGCGUUCCUACUAGGAGAUUCAUUGAACAUGCGCCACCCGCUCACUGCGGGUGGAAUGACGGUCGCCUUGAAUGACGUAGUCAUUCUCUCCGAUCUUCUGAGCCACAUCGAGAGCCUCAGCGACUGGCAUGAAAUCUCGGCCGUCCUCCAGAAGUGGCACCACUUGAGAAAACCGCUCGCGUCCACUAUCAAUACCAUGAGCAUGAGUUGGGCUGGCAUAUUCGCGGCCCAAGGCGAAGCAUUUGACAUUAUGCAGGAAGGAGCAUUCAAGUUUUUCGGGAAAGGCGCCAAGUAUUCCGACGAACCCAUGUCAUUAGCAGCUGGGAUCACCCAAUCUCCGUCGAUGCUGGCACGCAAUUCUCUCGCUAUAGCGGCAUACUCCAUCUGGGUGCUAUUCACCCAUCCUAGACCUGGAAAUAAAUACGCUCCGCAAUUUUACGAAUACCCGUUGCUUUUUGUCAAAGCGCUGAACGUGAUAUGGACUCUGGGCCUUGUGAUGGGGCCGGUGAUGUGGGCAGAGAUGUGAUUUAGACAGCAUCGAUGUUUGAAAUGAGUGUAUGAGCUCUUGUAUUGAUGGACAGUCCGCAGUAGAGAUUUUGCCUCGUGUACCUGUCUCGUCUAUGAUUAAUUUAUUCUUCUGAUUCGC